CACGUGCUAUGCACACACGCACACCCGCACACAUUUCCCCUUCAACGUAGGGACUUGUUUCUCCCCGCCAUCUCUUCUCCCUAAAAUGAAGGACUUCCUUUCAAUACCCAAGUAAUUGACUCCACUACUUUGACCCAAGUUCUUCUGUUUUUCUUCUUUCCAAUCCUUUCAUGACUCACCCACCAUCAGCUUUUCCACUUUCUUUUGACAUGUUCAAGGACCCAUUACUCAGUUUUUGUCUGUUAGAUUCAUAAUUUGCUUCAAAGCUGGGAAUUUGUUGUUGUUGUUGUUAUAUUUCUUGAAAGAUUGAAGCUUUUCUUUGUUGAGGAUGCCAUGGUUGAGCCCCAAUGUUUUUUUGCAUAUUCGGGCUCACAUUGUCAUUCAGGGAAUUUGUUAUGCUUGUUAUUCAUAGUUAGUUGUUUGAGAGGUUCUACUUUUGGAAAUGAGCAGAGUGAAGAUCAAUAUUUUCUGGGUACUUUUGCUUCUUUUUAUUGUUUUAAAUUUAGUUUCGUGUGUUCGUUGUGUCGAAGAGGAUGAAUAUAGAGAGACAGGUAACCCAGCCUUGGUUCCUGUUCUCACAGAGAUGCUUUAUAACCGACUUUCGAAUCUGAGCACAGUAUUUAGUGAUGCUAUAUUAGAGACAUCUAACUUUUGCAUAAAGAAUGUGAAAAAGGAUUGGGAUGGGGCAUUCAAUUUUAAAGGACAGUUGGAUUUCCUAACUAAUUGUAUAAAGAAGACUAAAGGAGAUGUCACACACCGACUUUGUAAUGCAGCAGAAAUUAAUUUCUAUUUCAGUAGUCACUUUAUAGAGGGAGCAACAAGUGCCAAUUUCUUGGAACCUAAUAAGAACUGCAAUUUGAGCUCUUGGCCUUCUGGAUGUGAACCAGGAUGGAGUUGUACUACUAGCCAAAAUCAGAAAGUUGAUCUUGAAGAUUUAAAGGACAUUCCUACUAGGACUAAUGACUGUCAACCUUGUUGUGAGGGGUUCUUCUGCCCUCAGGGUCUCACUUGCAUGAUUCCUUGCCCUUUAGGUUCGUAUUGUCCAGUUGCAAAACUCAAUAAAGCUACUGGAGUUUGUGAGCCAUAUAGUUACCAAAUACCCCCUGGACAGCCAAAUCAUACCUGUGGUAGUGCGGAUAUUUGGUCUCAUAUCGGUAACAGUGAUAUAUUCUGCCCACCAGGGUCGUACUGCCCGACUACCACACUUAAAGUUUCUUGCAGUACUGGGCAUUAUUGCAUGAGGGGUUCCACUUCUCAAAAAUCAUGCUUCAAGUUGACCACCUGUAAACCAAAUACUGCAAAUCAGAAUCUUCAUGCUUAUGGGGUCAUCCUUAUUGUUGCGUUAACUACUCUGCUUCUCAUUAUCGUUAACUGGUCUGAUCAAGCUCUAUCUGUACGAGAAAGAAAAGCAGCCAAACACAGAGAACUUGCAUUAAGGCAAGCAAAAGAAACUGCACAAGCACGUGAGAGGUGGAAAGCUGCAAAAGAUGUUGCCAAGCAACGUGCACUUGGAUUGCAAGCACAGCUUUCUCGUACUUUCUCUCGCCAAAGAUCUAGAACGCAGCCAGAGCAACUGACAGUUCAAGUUAAACACAGGUCAGAGGAUGUUUCAACUAGCACUUCAAGUCCAUCUGAACAAUCACCUUCAGCAAAAGAACCAAGCAACCUCACAAAAAUGAUGCGUGCUAUUGAGGAUGAUCCAAAUAGCCAAGAAGGCUUUAAUUUGGAGACUGGAGAUAAAAACGUAAAAAAGAAUAUGCCAAAGGGUAAAAAAUUGCAUAGUCACAGCCAAAUUUUUAAGUAUGCGUAUGGUCAGCUUGAGAAGGAAAGAGCCAUGCAGGAGCAACAAAAGAACCUGACCUUCUCAGGGGUGAUCUCAAUGGCUACUGAGGUUGAUAUCAAGACUAGACCAGUGAUAGAGGUUGCUUUUAAAGAUUUAACACUCACUUUGAAAGGAAAAAAGAAACAUCUUCUUAGGUGUGUCACUGGGAAAAUCAUGCCAGGCCGAGUUUCUGCUGUCAUGGGUCCAUCUGGAGCUGGCAAGACAACUUUUCUUUCUGCUUUGGCAGGAAAAGUAACUGGAUGCACUGUGACAGGUUUAAUUCUUAUAAAUGGGAAAAAUGAGUCUAUUCAUUCGUAUAAAAAAAUUAUUGGAUUUGUUCCACAAGAUGAUAUUGUGCAUGGCAACUUAACCGUGGAAGAGAAUCUACGAUUCAGUGCAAGAUGCAGAUUAUCUGCUGAUAUGCCAAAGGCUGACAAGGUUCUGGUCAUUGAAAGAGUUAUCGAGUCCUUGGGAUUACAGGCAAUUAGAGAUUCUUUGGUUGGGACAGUGGAAAAAAGAGGAAUUUCUGGAGGCCAGAGGAAACGUGUGAAUGUUGGGCUUGAAAUGGUCAUGGAACCUUCAUUAUUGAUUUUGGAUGAGCCCACAUCAGGUUUGGACAGUGCAUCUUCAAUGUUACUUCUAAGAGCACUAAGACGUGAAGCUCUUGAAGGGGUAAACAUCAGCAUGGUAGUUCAUCAACCUAGCUAUUCAUUGUUCAAGAUGUUUGAUGAUUUCAUACUUCUGGCAAAAGGUGGUCUUACCGUGUAUCAUGGACCGACGAAGAAAGUUGAAGAAUACUUUUCUGGCCUUGGGAUCACUGUACCAGAUCGUGUUACGCCUCCAGACCAUUUCAUUGACAUUCUGGAGGGCAUAGUAAAACCAAACUCAAAUGUAACUCAUGAACAACUUCCUAUCAGAUGGAUGCUACAUAAUGGGUAUGCAAUUCCUCCAGAUAUGCUGAAAUAUGCUGAUUCACUUGACACAACAUCAACACAUUCAAAUACAAGUAAUACAACAGAUCCUAAUGCUGAAGACACUGAACAUUCUUUUGCUGGAGAUUUGUGGGAGGAUGUAAAGUAUAAUGUUGAGCUACAGAAAGAUCGUAUACAAUACAACUUUUUGAGAUCUAAGGAUUUAUCUUACCGAAGAACUCCUAGUGUAGGCCGCCAGUUUAGAUAUUUCCUUGGGAGGGUUUGCAAGCAACGGCUACGAGAAGCUAGACUACAAGCUGUUGAUUACCUGAUUCUAUUACUAGCUGGAGCCUGCUUAGGAACUCUUACUAAAGUAGAUGAUGAAACAUUUGGGUCCAGUGGCUACACUUUUACUGUCAUUGCUGUUUCAUUGCUAUGCAAGAUUGCAGCAUUAAGAUCUUUUUCCCAGGACAAAUUACACUACUGGAGAGAGAGGGCAGGAGGAAUCAGCAGUCUAGCUUAUUUUUUAUCGAAAGAUACACUUGACCAUUUCAAUACAAUUGUCAAACCUAUGGUUUAUUUAUCUAUGUUCUAUUUCUUCAACAACCCUAGAUCAACCUUUACAGACAAUUACAUUGUUUUGGUUUGCCUUGUGUACUGUGUGACUGGCAUAGCUUAUAUCUUUGCCAUCUACCUUCCACCUAGCACUGCUCAACUGUGGUCAGUGCUUAUUCCUGUUGUCCUGACACUUAUUGCAACUCAGGAACAAACUGGACUGGUGAAGCAUUUGGGAACUUUGUGCUACCCGAAGUGGGCCAUGGAAGCUUUUAUCAUUGCAAAUGCUGAAAGAUACUCUGGCGUCUGGCUGAUAACUCGCUGCCAUUCAUUAAUGCAAAACGGCUAUGAUCUUGGUCACCGGAAUCUUUGUUUAGAGCUUCUGAUUCUUACUGGCAUACUCAGCCGUUUUACAGCUUACUUUAUGCUGAUAACCUUCCAAAAGAGAUGAGUUGGGAAGUUACCCUUCUUGUUGAUGUAUUUUACUGUACAGAAGAUCAUUCAAAUCCAGUUUUCAUACCCUUGUAUUAUAAAAACCCAGCAUGGUAUGAAUCCAUACAAAGCAAAUUCCUCAAAAUGACAGAAACAUAAUACAGAUGGCAAACAAAUUACAUUAGUCAGUUUAGAGUAGGGUGUAAUUACCCAAGUUAGGUUUUAUGAUCAUUUUCUUUUUAAACUUGUUAUGUGACUAUUGUUUUGGAGACUAGGAAGCUGACACAUUUCAUCUCUUAUGAGGAUGCAAACGAAAUAGACUUGUUGUUAUAUUUCAUUGUUGUAUUGUCCUGUCUAUUUUCAUUGAUUUCA